AUGGAUGAUACCUUUGCUGUGGAUAACGACCAGCGACGGCUCGCUUUGUUGAUUGUUUCGGCAUGCUGUUUGAGCCUGAUUUUUCUUCUGCUUGGAACCGGUUCUAUUUGUUUAAAAUUGAACCACGACGAUGGGCAUAUCUCUGCCAGAAUGCAUGACCUCAAGGUAAAUGAUACGAAGUUGACUGACGCACAUUCUAACUUUCCUAGACUGGCGUACUCAUCGCACCUCGAGAAAAACGACAGACUGAAGAUAAAUGCUCUUUUUGUGUUGACUUACAAUGCCCUCCAGGAGCACCCGGUCCUCAAGGCUUUCCAGGUAAGUCAAAAUGGAUUGAAAGGACUGCCUGGCCAGCGCGGUAAGCAAGGAUUUUCUGGAUUAGAUAUGGUUAUCGAUCAAUUGCCAUAUCCGUGCCAAUUUUGCCCUGCAGGACCUCCCGGACCUCGUGGGUUACAGGGCGAUGAAGGAGUGUGUGGAACUCAAGGCCCCGAAGGAGUCAGCGGCAUUCCAGGAAAUGCAGGCAAAUCUGGACCAGUUGGUGACGCUGGGCCUAAAGGAAGGAAGGGUGACCCUGGACCUCCUGGUCCACUAGGACUUCCUGGUGAUGACAUUUAUGGUGGAAUCGGCGAGAAAGGCGAUAGGGGCCCACCAGGACCAUGCGGCCCUGAUGGUGCUCGUGGCGAACCAGGCAAAUCGUAUGCGUUUCGGGGACCUUUGGGAGCACCUGGAUCUCACGGUUCGAAAGGAAAUCCAGGUAAACGAGGUUCACCAGGGCCGAUGGGUGUCAGAGGUCCAACCGGAUUGAAAGGAGAGGCCGGCAUGGAAUGCGCGGUUGAAUGCCAGAAAAUGACAGGUCAAGCUGUUACUUAG